UUAUCGUAAUAAUUGAAUUUUUCCAUCAAUUUAAGUUUAAGGAUGCAGACUAUACCAUUUUUACACAUGUUGUGUAAAUCAUUUUCGCAGUUUGCUUAAUUGGUAUGAAAUAGGAAUUGAAAAACUAAUUGCAAAUUUCAUUCUUGUUUUUCUCAAUGUUUUGAAAAAUGACAAUGGCCGUUUUACAAUGUUUUGCUUGACUUGGUGUUGCAACUCAUAAAUGAAUUCCUCCACGCAUGGUCCAAAAUGAGUGAAUCGAACUUGAUUUUGAGUACAUCCAGCUGACCGUGUGGAGGAGGAAUGUUUGUUUUGAUUUUUUAUUUUCCCUGUGCCGUCAAAGUUUUUUUUGAGCCGUACAACGUGUUUGAGGACGAGUCCGUGCUGAACCACCGGAUGGAGAUUCUGUCCAAGCUGAACACGCUGGUCAAGCAGUGGGUGCGCAAUGUGUCCAUCUCGAAGAACAUGCCGAAAGUGCUGGCAGAGAAGCUCGGCGGAAAGAUCUACACUUUUGGGUCGUACCGGCUGGGCGUUAACCACAAGCGGGCGAAUAUUGACGCGCUGUGCGUGGCGCCGCGCAACAUCGAACGGCAGGACUACUUUGGGUCGUUCCUCGAGCUGCUGAAGAAACAGCCCGAGGUGACAGAGUGCCGCGUCGUCGAGGAGGUGCUUGUGCCGGACGUCAAGAUGAACUUUGACGGCAUCAAGAUUGAUUUGCUGUUUGCGCGGUUGGCGCUGAAGGAGAUUCCGGACAACUUUGACCUGCGCGAAGAUAUGCUGCUGAAGAAUCUGGACCCCAAGUUGGUGCGCAGUCUGAACGGAUGCCGCGCCACCGACGAAAUCCUGCGGCUGGUGCCCAACAUUGACAACUUUCGGCUGGCGCUGCGUUCGACCAAGCUGUGGGCGAAGAGUAAGAUGAGCUUUGAGCAUGGAAUCUACUCCAACUCUUUGGGUUACUUUGGAGGUGUGUCUUGGGCUAUGCUGGUGGCCAGGACGUGUCAGCUCCCAAAUGUCGUCGCGGCCACGCAAGUGCACAAGUUCUUUCUGGUGUUUUCGCGCUGGAAUUGGUCCCAGCCGGUGUUCUUGAAGCGGCCGGACACCGUGAAUCUGGGCUUUCAAGUGUGGGAUCCGCGGGUGAAUGUGCAGGGCCGGUUCCACCUGAUGCCGAUCAUCACGCCGGCAUAUCCGCAGCAAAACUCGACCUUCCACGUGUCUAGCUCGACGCGGAAGGUCAUGCUGAACGAGUUCAGCCGCGGCAUGCAGAUCACGGACGAAAUCAUGCUCGGCAAGGCCGGCUGGGACAAGCUGUUUGAGGCGCCGAGCUUCUUCUUCAAGUAUCGCUACUUUAUCGUACUGCUGGUGACCUCGAACAACACCGAUGACCUCCUCGAGUGGUGCGGACUGGUCGAGUCCAAGAUCCGCUACCUAAUCCAGAACCUGGAGCGAAUCCUGCACAUCAACCUGGUUCACGUCAACCCGAAGUGCUUCGAGCAGCAGGAGUAAAACCAAAAGGACGACGGCGGCGAGGGCGCAGACAACACUCUGCUCGCUCUGGUUCAUGGGGUCAGAGCGGUCAGAGAACCUGAACGUGGACCUGCCCGAAAGCAUCCAAAACUUUACCGAUGCCGUGCACAAACAUGCGGUGCGUUGAGCGAUUCUACAGCCAAAAAAACGCGUCUCUCACCGAGCUGUUUUCUUUCAGGUGCACAUCAAGGUCCUCGAGACGACACGCGACGGCAUGAAGACCGAGGCGCGGCACGUCCGGCGGAAGCAGCUCAACCAGUACCUCGACCCGAACCUGCUCAAGCGGGAGCGCAAAAACCAGCGACUCCUUCGCCGUCGCAAAUGCGCAAACGACCUGCUCAGAAGAAACUAGAAACUAGAGCGAAAUUCGACGGGUUUUGAUUCGCGGUGUUUCGGCAAGCGCUUAGCGCAGGCAAAAACAGUCUGAAGUGAAACGUUUGUGCGGCUGGUCGUUGUUUACGUUUUGUGCGCAGCGCCGUGGAGAACUUGAUAAAAACGGAACAGCUGGUGCUGGAGAACUCGAUCGGUGAUAAAAAGAGAUUUUGCCGGCAGCCGGCCGACAAUAUUGUUCCGCCGAGGAUGCGACGAAGCGAACAAACGAUUGGCAUCAAUCAAUCUGAAUAAUCAGAUAAGUACAUAUGAUAUUUGAAUAUUAUAUUCAACUUGAUACUUUGUGAUUUUUUUUCUUCUUACUUUUUCAGGUUUGGACGAUUUUGGCAGUAUGAUCAACUAAACAGAAUCAACAUUCAACUAGAAUUUAAGCCGCUAAAGUUCAAAUACUAUUGCUGUGAACCAUCCGUCGAAAAGUGAACAAUUCUGUAAAAAAUAGGUAGGUAGAAAAUGUAAGAAAAACUUUUAAAAACUAUUUCAAAACUAUUUCUCAAAAAGUGUAAAUUUGUAUGAUAAACUUUAAUUUACCAUUUGAAAACUAUUUCUGAAAUAGUGAAACUGGGAAAAAAUUUAGGAUAAACCUUAAAUAACCAUAUGAAAACUAUUUCCAAAAUAGUAGCGCUAGGUAAAAAUAGCAAGAAAAACCCUUAAAAACCAUUUACGAACCAUUUCUAAAAUAGUAGCAGCAAGGUUAAAAAUUGUGCGAACAACCUUAAAAUACCAUUUAAAAACCUUUUCUGAAAUAGUAAAAACCGGAAGAAAAACGUCGCUUUUACGCGAAAAUUAACUUUAUUUUUACCAUUACACAAAUGGUAAUUUGACGAAACGUUGUUCGGGGAUUUUUAAGGUUACCGUUGCUAACCACCCUCAAUUCAGAUGGUCGAACUUUAUGAUAAAUGGUAGGGUACCAUUUCCGAUAUGGUAUUUUUAAGGUUUUCCUACCAUUUUUCAAAUAGUGGUUACGAUGUCUGAAAUG